GUAACGUGCGAGGUUGCAUUAAUGGUAAAUAUCGUUUGGUAUUGCAGACUAGAAGAAGAAUUGAAGAAGAAGAAGAAGAAGAAGAAGAAGAAAGAAGAAAAAGAGUGAGUGAUGGUAAUAUCGAUGUGAGGGAAGAAAAGUGAGAAUAAAAGAAGAAUCGAUAAGAGAGAGAGGGAGAGAGAGAGAGAGAGUGGAAGCGGAAAUCUGGCGAAACGUGAACGGGCGGGUGAUAUGAGUGAAUACAGGAUCUUUCGUGACGUUAAAUGAUCGAGUUACGGCUCGGUCGAAACGAAUCCCGUCGAUUAACCGGCACGCGAUACCGCGCCGGGGCCACGAUUAAAACGUGCCUGCUUCGUCCUUUUCGUUGGUGCGAGAAACCCUCCUCCGCCCGGGUGAAAAAGUGAAACAAAGUUGAAUACGAAAAGAAGGGAAAACGGUGUGGCCGAGCAGGAAAGGAAAGUUGGAAGAAGGAAGAGAUGCGGUGUCACCUUCUUUUCCCCGUUGUCGUCGCUUUCUUCCACGCUCUCGUCCACGCUCAAGGAGGCCCGCGAACGUUUUCUGCUAGGCCUUACCGAGGAGGACCGAUCGUGACGGCGAGGGCGGUUCUUCAAGGUACGGCGGAACUGCCAUGCGACAUUCGUCCUCCUCGACAAAAUGAUUCUGCGAUAUUAGUCGUUUGGUAUAAAAGCGAUAUCACGCCUAUAUACAGUUACGAUAUGAGGGGUAAACAGUCGGAAAAAGAUUCGCACUGGAACGAUAAGAAUCAUUUGAACGAUCGUGCCUUCUUCAGAACGGUCACCGAGCCGGCCACUUUGAACAUCAAUCACAUCGAAGAAAGAGACGGGGGUGAAUACAGGUGUCGAGUAGAUUUUGCCAAGAGCCCCACCAGAAAUUCCAGGAUUCAUCUGACGGUUAUAGUACCGCCGCAUAAACCGAAUAUCAUCGACGAGCAUGGAACGAUUGUGCAAACGGUAACAGGUCCGUACGAAGAGAACGAGGAUAUGAAAUUGCAGUGUCUCGUGUCAGGGGGUCGGCCAGAACCGAAAGUAAAAUGGUGGCGUGGAGAAAUGCUUCUCGACUCGACGGACGAACCAGGAGAAUUCCCAUCCCUUCGUAGAAACACUUUAAUAGUAAAACAACUUUCAAGAGCUGAUCUUCAUGCUGUAUUUAUUUGUCAAGCAUCCAACAACAAUAUCAGUCAACCUGUUUCAGCGUCCGUUACCAUUGAAAUGCAUCUGAAGCCAAUGUCUGUAACGAUAUUGAGCAAUGAGCAUACACCUCUUAGCGCUGGUCGAAAGUAUGAUAUAAAUUGUAUAACCGUUGGAUCGAGGCCACCAGCUAAGUUAUCUUGGUACAUGAAUGGAAAGAAAUUGAAUAAUCACACGGAGAAGGUGUCUCAAGAUGGAAACACGACCAGUUCCACGUUAAUCCUGAAACCAACUUUAUCCGAUCACGAUAAAACGAUAACUUGUCGAGCGGAAAACUCUAAGAUUCAACGAAGUAUAAUGGAAGAUACGUGGAAAUUAAACGUGUUUUUCGUUCCAAUUUUACAUCUCAAGUUAGGAUCGAAUAUGAAUCCGGACGACAUCGAAGAAGGCGAUGACGUAUACUUCGAAUGCAAGGUCCAUGCAAAUCCUAAUGCUUACAAGGUCAUAUGGAAACAUAACGGAAACGUUAUUCAGAACAAUGCGAAGAACGGUGUGAUAGUGCAGGAGUACAGCUUGGCUCUGAGGAAAGUGAAUCGUUCUCAAGCAGGCAAUUACACUUGUAUCGCUAGCAACGUCGAGGGAGACGGUUACAGCAAUACCGUGGAGCUUAAAAUUAUGUACAAACCUAUAUGCUUGCCGGAUCAAAAACGGAUUUACGGCGUAGCGCGUCACGAAGACGCCCGUAUAAGUUGCAACGUUGAAGCGUAUCCACCGCCGGAUAGUUUUCGUUGGACGUUCAACAACACGGAAGAAAUGGUGGACGUGUCCGAGUCGAAGUACAAGAACUCGACGCGCCGUAGUCAGAGCAUCCUUGUUUAUCGGCCGAUGACGGAGAUGGAUUACGGUACGGUCUCGUGUUGGGCGAGUAACACCGCCGGCCAACAGAAUAACGCAUGCGUGUUUCACAUCAUUCCAGCUGGAAAACCCGAGUCUCUGUACAAUUGCACGUUGUCCAAUCAAACGACCGAGUCUCUCUCAGUGGAGUGUUGCGUCGGUUUCGACGGUGGCCAACCGCAACACUUUCUUCUCGAGGUGUUCGAUCAGCAAACGGGAAUACUACAAGCAAAUAUCACGUCGAAAGGGAAUGCCGCUUUCACCGUUCGCGAUUUAGAGGCUGGAAAAAUUCUCAAUAUGGUUUUGUACGCUGUAAAUGCAAAAGGGAGAAGCGAACCGACCUCGUUGGAAGGAUUCACGUUAAAGGUCGCUGAGAAACAGACUGGUGAGUAAUAAUAAUGAAUAACGAUU